AUGGCUCAGUAUAAUCAUAUAAGUAGUGAUUUUGUCACUAGAUGCUUCUAUGGCACAUAUAAAACAUCAAGUGAGAAUAAGCCCACCCGUCCCAGUCCAUCAACAAUACCAGGGGCCCAAAACGUUGAGGUUCUCUCAAUUAAUAAUAAUCCAGAAGAAAUGGUCAGGUAUAAAUCUGUUGAGGAUGAUGGGUACAGGAAGGUAUCGGCCUGCAUCCAGCUGAUGGUAGCGGAUGCCCCUGGAGUAAUCUCCAUCAGGUGGGAACGAUGGAAUAGGCUAAGAGAUGCGGAAAGCGAUGGGGUUCAAGUGACAUUCGAUAUACCCUUCGAACCUGAAUACUUGCGAAAUAGGCACUUUACCGGUCGAACGUCAAUCUUGGAUGAGAUGCAUUUGGCCAUUGCGAAAGCACACGCUUCCAGCGAUCUGGCAUUUGUGAUCCUUAUAGGAUUAGGAGGCACAGGAAAAACCCAGAUUGCGUCCGAAUAUACCUAUCUUCAUCAACAGGACUACCAAUCGAUAUUUUGGGUCAACGCGGCCACAAAGCAAUCUGCUGAGACUGGAUUCGUAGUAAUUGCGCAGCGCUUGGUACGAGAAUAUGCCAGGAUUCUCACGGGGCGCCCAACUACCUAUCUAUAG